AUGGCUUCUGAAGACACGAAAGAUACAGUCACGGUUGGUGAAUACUUGGAAAGACAAAAGAGCUUGGAGAAAGAAGCAGCAGAAGUUUUACCCUGGAACUUUGAUAGCUGUACAUAUAACAAGGGAUACUUGCGUCAGGCCGU